UUUUCACACACGAACACACUCUUAUCGUUUAAAUAAGUAUCUAAAUAGCUUAUAUAAUCAGCUAGCAAAUUACAGAAACUGGAAGAAUCAAAGCUUAGUUGAGAAUGGGAAUGGGUAGAUUAUUAUUAUUGUUACGGUCGUCGUCCUCUGAAGCCGCGGUAAUGGCAGUGGGGGUGAUCAGUUGCUACUUGCUGCUGCUGGAGAUGACUGUGGCUGCUGCUCCCAGUAAAUGCGUGGAUGCAGAGAGGGAAGUGCUGCUCAAGUUCAAGCAUAACAUUCUUGACCCGUAUGACAAUCUCCGCUCAUGGGGCAAGGACAGUGAUGAAGAUUGCUGCCGCGGCUGGGAGGGGGUAGAGUGUGAUAACGCUACUGCUCAUGUCAUCCACAUCGAUCUUUCUGAUAUGUCUCUGUCCGCGAAAGAUGGUGGGAAGUAUAGCACCAGCCUUCCAUUCUUUGAGCUGCCCUAUUUGAAGUCUUUGCAUCUUGGCUUUAACCCCUACUUGCUGGCAAACCAGAGCAUCUCAUCAUUGAUUGGGAACAACUAUAACGGUAGUAACAGUAUGAUUUCCCUUCAGUAUCUCGGUCUUCGUCGCACCGGAAUUGGUGGCACCAUUCCUGAGAAUUUUGGAAACAUAAUGCCCGCCCUUACAGUCCUUGAUCUCUGCUAUAAUGGUUUAGAAGGUUUCAUUCCUGAAAGUCUUGGAAAAGGCAUGCCUGCCCUUACAUGGCUUGAUCUCGGAUCUAAUGAGUUGCAAGGCAACAUUCCUGAAAACUUUGGAAAUAACCUGCUCGCCCUCACAAAUCUCGACCUACGAGAGAAUCAGUUGGAAGGCAACAUUCCUGAAAACUUUGGAAAUAACCUGCGCGCCCUCACAUAUCUCGACCUACGAGAGAAUCAGUUGGAAGAUCACAUUCCUGAAGCUCUGGGAAAUAUGUCUGUCCUUGAAUACCUUGAACUUGGCAUGAAUAGACUUGAAGGAGAAAUCCCCAAAUCCUUGUGGAACAUAUGCACUUUGCAAGACCUGAAUUUGGAUCCCAACCGUCUUAAUGGAAGCCUAAUCAUAACCACAACAUGCCCAAAUCACCCUCUGCGAUCCUUAUACUUGAGCCACAACCGAUUCACAGGGCUCUUUCCCAAUCUUACAAUUUUCUCCUCUUUGGAAUUCUUAUUUUUUUCAGAUACCCUCAUAGACGGGGUCAUUUCUGAACAUCACUUUGCUAAUCUCUCUAAACUAUCUUACCUGCACCUAUCUUCAAACACGUUCACUUUUAACUUCUCCUCUACUUGGCUUCCUCCUUUCAACUUGGAACAGAUACAACUUAGCUCUUGCAAGUUGGGACCUGAGUUUCCGACUUGGCUUAGAACUCAAACCAACUGCAAGAUGCUUGACAUUUCCAAUAAUGCCAUCUCGGAUUCAAUCCCCACCUGGUUUUGGAAUACAAGUACUAGCUUUAUGAAAGUUAAUGUUUCUAACAACGGAAUCAAGGGAAUAAUUAAAAUUGGUGCUCAAGCUUCAUUCCCCGGUGCUUUGCUAGAUAUGCGUUCCAAUCACUUAGAAGGUGUCAUUCCACCCUCUUUCUUCAAUGUGAGAGCACUGUACCUUUCUCAUAAUAACUUCACUGACCUCAACUCCCUAUGUGACGUCAAGGUAUUUUCUCCUUUGCGGCAUUUGGAUAUCUCAUCCAAUCAACUUUGGGGAACACUUCCGAAUUGCUGGACAAGAUUCUCUCGGCUGCAAGUUCUGAACCUGGGAAAAAAUAAAAAUCUAUCAGGGACUCUUCCAACUUCCAUAGGGUCAUUGGCUUCCCUGGAGGCAUUGCAUCUUGACCAUAACAAAUUUACAGGCACUCUACCUUCAUCCAUCAAAAACUGCUCCCGCUUGAUAUCCUUACAUCUCGGACACAACUACUUGUUUGGACCAAUACCAGAUUGGGUGGGUGAAAGUGUAACACAACUUUCGAUACUUGUGCUAAGAUCCAACAACUUCAAUGCAAGUGUACCCACCACUCUGUGUCGUCUCCAAUCUCUUCAGCUGUUAGACUUGUCCCUGAACCACCUCUCACGGACUAUUCCCAAGUGUCUGUCUAAUCUCACUCAAAUGAUGAAUGUAACAAAAGGCAUUCCCACCAUUUCUUAUGAGUUGUCAUUCACUCUCACCAUUUUCAAUCAAACAUGGUCUGCAUAUGCUACAGAAGAUGACAAAAUAGAGGUUACAUGGAAAGGUGUUGUCCAUGAAUUUGGAAAUAGAUUAAGAGAUGUAAAGAGCAUUGAUCUAUCAUCCAACAUGUUGAGUGGUGAAAUUCCAACUGAAAUCACAUUACUUGUUGCGUUGGUUUCUUUGAACUUGUCACAUAACAAUCUAAGGGGACAGAUUCCUCCCAGGAUUGGUAACUUGUCACAAUUAGAAUUUCUUGAUUUGUCUAGUAACCAUUUGUCUGGUAGCAUUCCUCAAAGCCUUGCCCUGAUUCACGGCAUAGGGGUUCUCAAUUUGUCUAACAAUUACUUAUCUGGAAAAAUUCCCAAAGGCACACAACUUCAGAGCUUUGAUGCAGCAUACGUGGGGAAUCCCACACUAUGUGGAGAUCCACUCCCUAACAGCUGUUCAGGAGACGAAUCAACUCAUAAUUCUCAUCAAUUCAGUGAAGAAGAAGAAGAAGAAGGGGCUUUUAAUAGAGAAGAAGAGGAUAAGCUUAUUGGCGGUGAUUUUUAUGCAAGCAUAGGGGUCGGCUAUGCGGUUGGAUUCUUGGGAGUUCUUGGGACAAUGCUAUUCAACAAGUCCUGUAGGUUUGCAUUUUUCAAAGUCCUUGAAAACUUUGCUAAUUGGACUUAUGUUGUGGUUGCAAUGCACAAGGCUAGGUUCCUGAGAUCACUUAGUGGUUAACAGGAUAGUGUAAAACUGUAAAUACCCUCCCUCCAUUUUGAGAAGCUUAUAAGGUAUCAUUUCAUGUUAUUUCAAUAUUUAUGGUUUGUUUUCCGAAAUUUUUAUUGCAUCUUCUUUUUCUAUGUGCUCUCUAUGUCAGUUUUCCUAAGUUGUGUGUAUUUUAAUAACCUGAUGGGAAUGUUUCGGCUUGGAUACUGGUCGCCGUUAGCUUAGUAGUAUUAAAGUAUAUUUUUCGUGGCAGUAGAUUUAUCUUUUAUGAUUAAAAGCUUUUUGUUUCGCAUCUAUUUAUUUAACAAGCUAUACUUGAGAAGGUUGUUAAUGUUUAAAAAUUAAAACUAUUAAGAAGCCUUUUUGCCUCUUAAUCCUGAACCCCAAACACGGUAAUGGUCACUGUUGAAAGUGAGUUUGGAGCACCAAGUCUAUUGAAAUUUUAGAAACAUUCUAUGUGGAUGGAUAUAUACAAGUCUCUUUGCUAACUCUCUUAAUUCUAGUAUAUCCAUUCUACAUUUUUUGUACUAUGUAUUACAACGCAAAACUGUCAUGAUAUGUAUUCCAAAAGAAGAAGAUAGUGUUACUUGUUACGGAUUACAGUGCAGUUCUUUUGUUUUGUUAUCUUUUUUUGAAGUUGGUGUUUGUUUCAUAUUAUGGGAGUUUGUUUUGCUCUGCUGUUAUUACUUAAUAGUAGAAGUUAACAGAUUGAAGUUUUUGGGCCACAUGAUGGAAUCCUAGUUGGUAGUUUUAGAUUAAGAUAGUUUCUUCUUGAAUGUACCAUCCUUGUUUCUUUUCUUGGUGUUCUCCAUUCAGUGUUCCUAUUUCUGAUAACGUUUUGCAGUUCCUUCAGUUUUUAGAACUUUCGAUAGCUAAGGGUGAUGAGGAAGAGUUUGGAAAUAAAGGGGGGAGAAAUUAAUCGGAGGUGUAUAAAACAGCUCAUGAUGCUGCAAACUUAAUUGAAGAGGAGGAUCUCAUACAUAAAGUUUAAUUUUCAUUUCCGUUAUCUCAACUAGGUGUGUUAUAGACAUCAUCUCCAUGAGUCUUUUUGGCUGCUUAAAUAUUUGUGAUCUGUUAAACAUGAAUAAUGGAAUUGGUAUAUACUCCUUAAAUAUUCUGAUAACUUUGUACUAAUUUGUAAAGCUGUUAGGCUUAGAUAGGAAAACUAAUCAUUUUAAUGAUUCUGCUAGGGUCUUGACAUGUCUACAACUACAACAUCCUCAAAUUUUAAAGCUUAGUGCUGAAAGUAUGUUAGCAUGUAUUCUCA